UUCAUGAACUACACAAGUCAAUGAAUAAGCUGUGAUUUAGGUUGAGUUUUUAGUUUUUAGAAACAUUUUCAAUUGUGAAUUAAGCAAGUCGCGACGUAUAGAAUACAUGAAGUGGAAAUUAUAUUUAAAAUAAUAAUAAUAGUAGUAAUAUCUACCUAGUCGUAGUGAAUGUAAUUUAAGACACCAAUAAAUAAAACAUAAAGAUCCUCCAAGAUGGACGCCUUAGCGGAUAUUCUUCAACCGUACAAAGAGAUAGUGGGCUCGAUAGCGGCCUUCGUAACCAUUGGGCAGAUGUUCUCCGGCAGUUUCAUAUGCUGGGACAUAUACAAGCAGGGCAGCACUCGCGGGAUCGGCAUCAUGCCGUUCCUCGGAGGUGUUGUUAUGACCAUCCUGAACUUGCAAUAUGGUUACAUACUCCGUGACGACACCAUGAUUCAAGUCAACAUGUUCGGUCUGGCCUUAAAUAUCAUCUACGUGAUGAUAUACUUCAAUUACUCCCAGCAGAAGGUCAAGGUUUGGGCUCAGAUCGGUCUGGCCGGAGCAGUGUCAGCUGCUCUUAUAGGAUACGCCCAGACCGAAGAUCCUAAGCUUGUGGAGACCAGAUUCGGGACAAUAAUAACGGCAUUCAUGUUCUACUUGAUAGCUUCACCGCUUUUUGGACUGAAAGAGAUCAUUCAGAAUAAGAGCACAGAAGGCAUGCCGUUCCCUAUAAUACUGUCCGGAACUGUGGUCACGUUCAUGUGGCUACUGUAUGGUAUUAUAUUGAGGAAUAAAUUCUUAGUGGUACAAAACGUGGUGGCCUUAGUGCUGUGCGCAUCGCAACUGUCACUCUUCGUUAUAUACCCAUCCAAGCCAAAAGGCAAAGAUAAAUCGAAAGUAAAAGCCAAGAAGACCGAGUAAAUAGACCGUCCUUCAAAUCGAUUUAGGAACGUAGGGGGUAAGGGGUUGGCAAGAUAACUUAAAGGUGCAUCAAUCGCUCUGUUCUGCUCGGAGUUAUCGUACAUUUGAUGCGUGCGAGCAGGACGGACAUAUACAAAUAUUAUAUCCAUUGCCGAUUCGUUGUGUUAGUUAUUAUUGCCAUCAACAAUAUUUAUUGCUGAUUGGUCGAUGCACCAAAAUCUUGAUAAACGUCAAAAUUAAAUUAUAGGGCUCCUACGCACUAGCGGAUAACCGCAAGGGCGGCAAAUCGCGCGCCCAACCGCUUUUCCAGUUUAAUAUGCACCCAAUAUUAUUAUUUAAGAUACUAUAUAGAUAAAGGAUUUGAUGUCGAUAAUUUUAUUGUUAUCGGAUGACUGUCGAUGUUGGCUCGAUUAAAUGCACAGUCAUAAUAUGUAUGACACAUAAUAUGAUGACGCGUUUGUUAUGUAUUAUGACAAACGAAAUCCACAUUUUUGUUACUAACGAAAAUGUUUCUAAAGUUCCGCAUUUAUCAUGUACAUUUUUUUAUUUUUUUACUUCGAUAGUUAUAGACAAGCGAAUGAAUUAAAAUCGAUUUUUAAAACGUCUCCUAGAGAAUUACAUUUUUAUUUGAUGAAAUAGAGCUUAUUGGAACAAUAGUUACAAUUAGUAAUUUUCUAUUUUUUUCAUUCAAAAUCUAUAUUUAUUCUUACGAGAUAAUUAUUUGGUACUAAAAUACGACAAACACUUCAGGAAUACUCGUAUAUUCCAUAAAGAAACCGUUUAAUUAAUUUAAAAUUAAGAGUUUUGACGUUUAGGAGAAUAUCCAUUAUAUUCAGCUUUCAAUAGAAAUUUGGUAGCAUCGAUAAAGGUGUACACAUAUUUAUGUGUAUGAAAUAAUACCCUCGUUAGGCUGUGUGUUCCUAUACUAAUGUUUGUGUGAUAUAUGUAUAUAUUUUUUUAAAUAAUUAUUACAAAUAUAAAUCAAUGGUUGUGAACCGUGAACCGUGAUAAAUUUUGUUAAAUCGAAUCCCAAUAAAUAUAUUGUUUAUAUA